GCUCUGUCACGUCAUUUCAAUCGCCGUCUCGUCAUUCUUUUUAUUGUGAUGCAAAAUAAGUGAUAAGUUUGAUACCUAAAGACUAAUAAUAAAAUUUGUAAUCAUUACAAACUAUUGCCACAUAUCGUGUUCGAGUUCUACUUAUUUUCUUGAUCAAAUGUGACAUUAAUACAGAAAUAUCAAUAACUAAAUUGAUGAGCAAACUAAAGGACCUGGUAAAUGAUAGCCGGAUAACGAAACCUUGCUACGAUGCGUGAAAAUAAGUGACCCAAUUGCGUUUACUAGGCAAACAAAGCUGUUUUACGUAAACCUCACUGACUGUUGGAUAUUUCUCUUGAUUUUCCUAGUUCGAAUCCUGAGCUCAAAGAGUGUAGAUGUAUUAGACUUUUGAUGCAGUCUGUCAGUUCUUCAGAAGUGUUGAAAGCAGUUGGAAAAAAUAGUGAUCAAGUGGUGGAGAACUUUGUAUAAUUAUUUUAUCAUAGGUGAUGACUGUUGACUAAUUAGUAUAUCCUGUUCAUCAUCGUCUUCUUAUUAUUUCUUCCUUAUUUGUUGCUCUCUAUUCACAAUAAUACGAUAAUCCACGUGUCACGAGUGUUAUGUAACAAUAAUUAAAACGAUGAGUCUCAUUCGCAUGAGAAUGGCGAGACAUAAGAAAUUCAUUCAAAGAUCACUUUGACAGGAUUCUAAUUAGUUUAACAACAAAAUUACUUUCACUUUAUUAAACAUUUAAAGUGUUUUAAAUUUAUUUAAUUAGUGUAUAUAUUGUGUCAAAACAACCAUGCCAAAUAUUGUAUUUAAAUUAAUAUCCACUCUCUUGAUCAUCAACAUCAAGUUAGUCAAUUCACAAAAUUGUCAAGGAUGGGAGAAGGUCGAUGGAAUGAUGCCGGAAAAUUAUGUACCUGGUGAUAUUCUUUACAGUAGUGGGAACUCUGAUGGAAUUAUUAACAUUUGUUUUGACAGGUGUUUGAAAGCAAAUUGUAGUGCAUUUUACGUCGAUAUCGUUCAAAGUACUUGCUCGAAGGUCAUGAUAAGUAGUGAAGACUUUGUACUGGCACCGAGUUCCAUUUUUUUUCAUAAAAUAUGCUUAAAAGAAGUUCUACAACAGUGCAAUAUAGACAGACUAUGGCAAGUUCAAAGAACCUUGGGUGCAAUCCUGAUAGACGCUGCAGCUAACUGGUUACCUGAUGUGAUGACCAGAAGUCAAUGUUAUCAACAAUGUCUAGCAGCAGGUCCAGCAUGUAAGUCUGCUCAAUUUCAAACCAGUAAGCCUCUUGCUAUUGGUGAUGUUAAUGGGAAAUGUGCUCUUUUAUCUAUACAAAGAGGAACUAGACCUCAAGCUUACAGAGCUUCUAUGUACCGUGAUGAAUAUUUGGAGACUGAGUGCCAUAAGUUGUCAAAUACUGAUUAUUGUUCAUAUGCGGAAUUUAAAAAUAUGACACUACCUUAUUCAGAUAUAAAACUAUCAAAUUUAAAUGAACGACAGUGCGAGGAAAGAUGUAACGCAGCAAAUGAUGGAUUUAUAUGCCGCGGAUUCACUGUGAAUUAUGAAAUACAAGAUUCACCUGUUUGCUUAUUACAUUCUGAUGAUACAAUAAGCGCAGGUGUGAGUUCACUUAUAAAAAGAAACAAUGUCGUAUACCGAGAACGAGAACCUUGUCUUAAUCUAAAAGUCUCUUGUGGCAACACAAGUUUAAUUAUCGAGUUGAAUACACCUGAGCCGUUUGUUGGAAGACUUUAUGCCAAUAAAUAUAGCGAUACAUGUAACGUUCAAGGAAAUGGUUCAAAUGCGACUAUUCUAGAGCUUAAAUUACCUAGCAAAGAUCAAAUAGCAAUGGGAAAUCUUGAUUGUGGAAUCCUUCCAGCUUUUGCCAUUGAUGAUGACAAUCAAACACGAACCGCAGUUUGGGUGACAGUUGUCGUGCAAUUCAAUCCAAUAAUUCAACGUCAAGGUGAUCAGUCACUCCGAGUUGGAUGUACUUUGGAUAGUGGAGAAGUUCCUCAUCCAAGAAAUGUUACUGUUGGCUCAAGUUUUAGUUUUUUGGAUGUCGAUGCUGGAUUACCACCAGUAACUGGGACAGUAUUUAAUACAACUGAUCCACCUUUAGUUAUAAUGAAAAUCCUCAAUAACGACAUGAAUGAAAUUACGUCUGCUGAGCUGGGCCAAAGACUUACUCUAAAAAUUGAAAUCAUUCCACCAAAUGGUCCUUAUGAUAUCUCAGCAGGGCAUCUUGUUGCAAGUAGCGCAUCUGGUCAAGAUUCUAUUCUUCUACUAGAUGAAAUGGGUUGUCCAACUGAUCCUAAAAUAUUCCCAGGGUUGCAUAAAGAUCCUACAGAUAACAGAUCAUUAAUAUCAACUUUCACAGCUUUCAAAUUUCCUGAAAGUUACCGUGUUAAGUUUAAUGUUAUUGUCAGAUUUUGCCUGACUUAUUGUGAGCCUCCGAUUUGUCGAAAUGACAUAAUUUACCUUGCAAAACCUAAGAGAGCAAUUACUACAAUUAGUGCAAUUAAUCCAAACUCUACUAAUGGAACAAUUGAUGAAUUAUCACUUGAAUCAUUUCUCACUGUGAGAGAUGCUAAAGUUGCAGCUGAUCCAUUGAGAGCAGGAAAAGGACCUGAUACUGUUCUCAUCGCUGGUGAACAAUCCAUGGACGGUCUACUUUGUGUAAAUGCGGCAUUAGCUUUAGGUUUAUUGAUUUUUUGGCUUAUAGUCCAAAUCCUUUUAACCGUGACUUGCAUUUAUGUUAUUCGAAGAUAUCGAAAAUUAGCGAGAAAAGCUGAAGAAGAUAGAGCCGAUAUCUUAGCAAGACAUCUUUAUGGAAUUCACGGAGGAAAUUUCGAAAUUGCUCGAAGGGUUCGGUGGGCUGAUCAUAACGAAUCGUCGGCUAGUUAAAAUAUUUCUAUUUUAGCCUGAAGACAAUGAGAAGCAGAUUACAAAAUGCAUCAUUGAUCCCUUAUUUGAUUCUAUGAAAAUGCCAAAUGAAGAUACUUUUCUAGAUAAAUUUUGUAUACAUGUAAAACUAAGUACUUAAAUAAUCUAUAUAUUUUUUUUUAAUUUUGUAAUUAGAGAGAAAGAGAGAUAUUUUAUUGUUUUGUUUGUAAGAGAUAUUUCAUAACUCUGAUAAAGUGUUCAUUGUUUUAUUAAUAGAAAAUUUUAAAUACUAAUAAUUGUGUACGUAUUUAACCAAAGAAAAUUGUGAAUAGAUUUAAUAAAUAUUCGUAAAAAAUUAUUAACAACAUAUAGUUACUAAUAGAUAUCAAAAUCAAUUCAUUAAUGAUAGAUUGGAGUUAACGUUUGUUAGUUAUCUUGCAAUAUUGAAACGGUAUAUGUUGAAGACUAAACCUUGAACAAAACACUAUAAUUUUUUCUAUCCUUGACUUGGAGUAAGACACUAUCCAGUCAUGUAAUAAUUCAUAAAAAUACAUAAAUCGGCACUAUCAUUAUUUUUUUUUACUAGUUAUUCUUUUUGAUUUAUCUCAUACUUUCCAGGUGUGAAAAUUAAUU